AUGAAUAUGAUUCAAGUAUAUACAAUGGUAAUACAAUCUAUUAGUGUUCUAAGUAAAGAAUCCAGAAAUUUUGAUAAUGUAGUAGAUAAUACAAAUUUGUUUAUUGACUGGGCAAAUGAUGAAUUUAUUAAAAAUAAUUUAGACUAUACGGUGGAAAAUUGUCUUCCGGAAAAAAGGAAUAAUAAAAAAAAAUUAAUGCCUGGUGAAAACACACAUGAUGAAACACCAGAAAAUUCCAUUUUUCGUUUUAAAACUCAAGUAUUUAAUGUGGUGUAUGAUCAGGUAGUAUCAAGUUUAAAUAAUCGUUUUAAAAGUCAUGGUGAUUUGUAUAAAGAAAGUUCACUUUUGGAUCCACGUUAUUUUAAGGAGAACUUGCCAGAGAAUAGCUUCAACUGGAUGAGUUCAAAACUACCAAAAUUCAAUUCAGAAAUCACUGUAUGUAAAUUACAUUCUGAGAUGCAAGAUUUUAUUAGAAAAUGGCCCAAACUUAAACUUAUUGUUGUGUCAAUUGAACUCCUUUGA